AAAGCCUGUAGCAAGUACUUUAUAAUAUUAUUGGUUAUAAUAAAGCUGAAAGUCUCUUUCUGCAUUUGGUAGUUGUUGGGCCACUUGACUGUUAGGUAUUCAUCUCUCUUAACUCUGUAACUGAACAUGUAAACAAAAUUGAAGGCUCAUCAAAACAUGAAAAGAAAGGAUAUGAAGGCUCUGAAGGGAAAGGGCCUGGAGAAUUCUUCAGGAGCAGCAGCAGUGACAUAUAUAUGGCUUCCUCAUCCUCAUCCUUCUACCAGAUGGCAUUAUCCUCCUCCUCCAACAUACACAGAUUUCAUCUCUGCCCCUUCCUCUUCUUCUUCACAUCCAGUAUCUGAAAUUUCAAAGGCGUCUUCUUCAUCAAGUCUUCCAUAUCUUUAUGAAUACGCACCUCGAUCCAGGCGGAAUUCUGUCAUACAAUCCUGUUUGGAGGCGUUCUGUUGCUGUUGGAUAAUGGAAUUAUGUUGGCCUUGACAAAUAUGAGGUAUGAAAAUCGUUUUUAUCCAUUGAUAUGUGUUGUUCAUAUCGAAAAAUAUGAGAUGUAAUUUUGUGUUGACUAUAUUGUCUAUAAAGAUAUUCUUAUCAACGUGAAUUGGAGUAUAUGUCUUUAUUGUA